AUGUUACUAGAUUCCGAGCCAAAGAAGGCUCGGAUCCUGACCGUUGUCUUCUGUACCAUCACCUCGCUGGCCUGCGGUACCAAUUAUGGCUACUCCGUAUGGGGCCCGAGUUUCGCUACCCAUCUGAAACUCUCUGCCACCGACAGCAACCUUAUCGGCACCUUUGGAAAUCUGGGCAUGUAUGCCACCGGAAUACCAGCAGGGAUGAUGGUAGAUGCCAAAACCCCACGUUGGGGAAUAGUUCUGGGAAUGUUCUUUUUUGCGAUUGGCUAUUAUCCCAUCGCUCGAGCCGCCUUGAGUUUUCCUGACUCCCGAGGAACCGCUACAGCCUUUCCUCUUGCAGCCUUUGGACUAAGCGCAUUGUUUUUUGCCGGCAUUGCUCUCCUACUCCCUGCCGGAGUCUAUAGUUUCCUGGUUCUUCUGACCGUUGGCACUGUUAUCCUACCCUUGUUAUCUCUCCCGUUCGUUCGUAUUCCAAGCCAUGAUCCCUAUGAGCACCUCCCACAGAACGAAAAUCAGGCACUUCAUCGGACAAGCUCAUCUAUCAGCCGUCCAGAACGUCAUUCUCAAUCUGAAGAACCAGGUGCGCUCAAUAAUUCUCACAAUUCAAAAUCCCCAACGAACGGCAACAACCUAGAAUCGUCCAUACCCCACCCUAUCACCGAUAUUCCCAACACCGAAAACUCCUCCCUACUGUCUGACUCAUCAGAAGACUUUGAAGAUCUCGAGAACUCCAGGCAUUCCCAUUCUGACAAAAACACCGAAUCUCCUCAUUUAGACAUUCGUGGGCUGGCCCUUCUCCCCCUGCCCGAAUUUUGGCAAUUGUUCUGUAUGCUCGGACUAUUGACUGGCAUUGGCCUCAUGACAAUCAAUAACAUUGGGAACGAUGCGCAAGCACUCUGGAAGCACUACGAUCCAUCCACCACAGUUGAAUACAUUGAAAAGCGCCAAGCAAUGCAUGUCUCGAUCCUAUCGUUCUUCUCAUUUUCUGGCCGUCUCCUCUCGGGUAUUGGGAGUGAUAUACUGGUUUCUAAACUCGGCCGUUCACGCUUCUGGUGUCUCUUUGCAUCUGCUGUCAUCUUCUGCUUGGCCCAAAUUACAGGGACAGCGGUCCAGAACCCACACUUCCUGGUCCUGGUGUCUGGACUGACAGGCCUUGCCUAUGGCAUCCUCUUUGGCGUAUAUCCAAGCCUGGUUGCGCAUUGUUUUGGUGUGCACGGGCUGAGUCAGAACUGGGGCACCAUGACACUUGCGCCAGUUAUCUCCGGCAACAUCUUCAACCUCUUGUACGGGUCGAUUUACGACUCGCACAGCGAGGUUGACAGUGAGAACGGUCACAUGGAAUGUCUCGUGGGCCGCACAUGCUACGCCCAGGCAUAUUGGGUUGCACUGGGUGCAGCCAUCCUUGGAGUGGGCACCUGUCUAUGGACCAUCCGCCACGAGUACGUGGUGCACAGUCGACAGAACCCCAAACUUGAGCGAGGACGAGGAUUCAGCAGGAGGUCUGACCAUGAAAGACUCGCGUGA